AUGGAGGCGCAGCGCCAGCCGCCGGACUGCCCGGACUGGUGGGACGAAGAGGUCGAGAUGCUGGCCGAGGAGGCCUGGCUACCUGUAGCACAGGACUUCUGCCAGCGCAGCGGCGAGCCCUACAGUCGGUGCAUUCAUCACUUGGCUGGCAAGUCUUUCGUGGGGUUGAGGAACCUGACGAACCACUCGCUCCGAGGGGCCAUGCCAGUUGAGCUCCUUCCCGAGAAUCUGGACAUCGACAGCAGCAUCAAGAUCGAGCUCAGCCCGACGCCCGAGGAGCGUUGUCAACUCCGGAAAAUGUUCGGCGCCUUUCGCUUCGUGUACAACAAGCUCGUAGAUCUUGUUGGAGACGACUGGCGGCGGCUAUCUCAGGCACAGCUAAGGGCGGACUACCGACCAGUCAGAUCUGUGACGAGGCGCAAUCUACUCACAGAUCAUCUCCCCGAUUGGGUCUGGGACGUGCCGCAAAAGAUUCUGGACGCGGCCUUCACAGACUUCCUCAAGACGAUCACAACGACAAAGGCUGGCGACGAAGCGGCUCGUAACAAUGGAGAGAACCGACGGCCCUCCGAGCUGCACUUCAAAACUCGGAAGAACAACUCAACGAGCAUUGAGAUCCAGGUUGAAUCCUUCGGGUACACGGGGCAUGCUAGUCAAGCUCGGUUUUUACCGAAUUACUUUGGUUGGCGUCGCGGAAGCGAUGAAGGGAUUGCAACCAAGGAGGACUUCCCCGAGCCAACGCACGCGCGCAUCAAGCGCAUCGUGAAGGACAUGCAUCAGAAGGUCGCCAAGUGGCUGUCCGUCAACUUCGAUGUGGUGUUGCUGCCCAAGUUCCCAGUGUCGCAGCUCGUGCGCCGCCGCAAUCGACCUGAUGGGCGCCGCCGCCGCAUCAACUCGGUGACUGCGCGACGUAUGCUGACCUGGUCGCACUACAAAUUCAGACAAAUGCUGGACUACAAGAUGAAGAGAACGGGGGGCGUGGUGGUGGUGUGCGACGAGCCAUGGACGACGAAGACCUGCUCGCACUGUGGGAGAAUCAACCACAGGAUCACGGUGCAGAAGACGUUCUGGUGCCCGGAGUGCAACUACGUGUGCGACCGCGAUGUCAACGCGGCUCGCAACAUCUUCCUGAAGAACGAGAGACUGAUACCGUGA